AUGGCUACUUCACUUCCGCUUCAAGACAGAGUGGCAAUCGUGACCGGCUCAUCCCGCGGGAUCGGCAAAGAGAUCGCACUUCAUCUAGCUUCACUCGGCGCCAGACUAGUCAUCAACUACACCUCCAACUCAGACCUCGCUGACUCAGUCGCUGCUCAGAUCAACGCAAACCAAACCACUCAAAGAGCCAUAACCGUCCGUGCUGACGUAUCAGAUCCAGACGGCGUUAAGUCUCUCUUCGACUCCGCUGAAGGAGCCUUCAACUCGCCUGUUCACAUUCUGGUCAACUCAGCCGGCGUCGCCGACGUACAGUUACCAAGCAUAGCAAACACAACAGAUGAAUCCUUCAAUCGCGUCAUGAACGUGAACGCAAAAGGAGCGUUUCUCUGUGCGAGAGAAGCGGCGAACAGGCUAAAACGCGGCGGCGGAGGGAGGAUCAUACUUCUGACGACGUCAUUAGCAGCGGUUUUCAAGCCUGGUUACGGCGCGUACACGGCAUCAAAGGCGGCGGUGGAAGCGAUGACAAAGAUUCUAGCGAAGGAGUUGAAGGGGACGGGGAUCACCGCGAAUUGCGUGGCGCCAGGACCUGUUGCGACGGAGUUGUUCUUAGAAGGGAAGACGGAGGAGACGGUGAAGAUGAUUGCGGAAGGUAAUCCUUUUGGUAGAAUUGGUGAGACUGAAGAUAUUUCCCCUGUUGUUGGAUUUUUAGCCACUGAUUCUGCUGAAUGGGUCAAUGGUCAAAUUGUUCGUGUCAAUGGUGGCUAUAUUUAG